UAACUCACGUGGUCACCUUGCCGUGAAAAUGUCAGAAGAGAAAACUACAAAAGCGUCACAGCAGGAGAAGGAAAAUUCAACAGAAGAAGCCGAACAAGAUGCGAAUGUUUUAUCUCUGGAAGAUUUGAAAGGCCACAUUCGAUUUAUUGAGAAAGCUGUCUCGAUGAAGGAGCCUCGUUAUGUGUCACGCGUUUUGAGAGCGCUGUCGUCCACUAGGAAGAAGUUGAAUCACGUUGUGCUGUGGAGAGUUGUAUCUCUCUAUUUUCCGUUGGUGUCAUCCGACAAAGACUUCCUUCUCUCCUUCAUAGACGAGCCUAUGGAGACUGAUGGCUUGACGACGACAAGACCAAGGAGCUCCAGGUCGGCUGGCUCAGGACCGUUAUCCGAGACUGUACUGUAUCUUUACUUGUUGGUUCUCAUCCACCUGAUUGACACACGGAGAGGAAUAGAGGCUGUCGGUUGUGCUGAUGCGCUAGUUGACAAGGUCCAGUCUUUGUCUCGACGUCGUUCAAGUUACGAGCUUGCGGCCAAGUGUUACUUUUAUUAUGGACGAGCAUACGAGUUGGUAGGACGUCUGCAUGAGAUUAGAAGCUUCCUUCUCGGUCGUCUCAGAACUGCGACACUAAGACGCGACAUUGCUGGACAGGCCACUCUGCUUAAUCUUCUUCUCAGAAAUUAUCUUCAAUAUAACCUCUACGAUCAAGCAUUUAAGUUACAUUCUAAAACGGACUUUCCCGAGUCGGCUUCUAUCAAUGAGUGGGCUCGCUAUUUUUACUAUCUGGGACGUAUUCAAGCCAUUCAGUUGGACUACAGCAGUGCUCAUAGAAACUUGCUACAGGCCAUUAGAAAAGCGCCUCAGCAGUCAGCAGUUGGAUUUAAACAGAUGGCUACCAAGUUGGCUGUCACUGUCCAGUUGCUGCUUGGAGAGAUUCCUGACAGAAGUGUGUUUCGAGAGCCUUUCCUUAGGAAGCCUUUACAGCCUUACCUGCAGCUAGUUCAAGCCGUACGCAUGGGAGAUUUGAGCAAGUUUGCUGCUGUUGUCGGCGAAUGUUCUGAACAGUUCAAGAAGGACCAUACGUACACGUUGAUAUUGAGGCUGCAUCACAAUGUGAUCAAGACAGGUGUGCGUAUGAUCAGUCUUUCAUACUCGAGGAUAUCACUAGCUGAUGUGGCCGAAAAGCUGCAGUUGGACAGUCCAAUAGAAGCCGAGUUUAUUGUGGCAAAGGCAAUCAAAGAUGGUGUAAUCGAAGCUACAAUUGAUCACGAUAACGGCUUCGUUCAGUCUAAGGAAAACGUUGAUGUCUACUCAACGACUGAGCCGCAGGGCGCAUUUCACCAACGAAUCACGUUCUGCUUGGAGCUGCACAAUCAAUGUGUCAAGGCAAUGAGAUUUCCUCCCAAGUCGUACAACAAAGAGCUGGAGUCAGUGGAGAUGCGGCGUGAGAGAGAGCAGCAAGAUUUGGAGUUUGCUAAGGAGUUAGCUGAAGAUGAAGAUGAUAGUUUUCCAUGAUUGUGUCUACUAGUGGAUGUGAUGCUUAGUGUAAGGUUUAGUAGCUUUGUUGUUGUGUGAUAGAGACUGCAAGUUUUAGUGAAUUACAGAGUGCAAAUUAAUAGAUUGUCUUUGAAAUCAGAUCUA